GCUGAAUUAGACGGAGUGAUGCUCUUUUCGGAACUACAGGGGAAAAUCUUGAUUUUGCUUUUUGUAAUGGAGCAAUAUUGGAUCUUUGUUUUGGAAUAAUGCUUUGUAGCAAUGGAUGAUUGCUACCGUCUUUUCGAUCACCUCACUGGGAAAUAAUUCUAACGGACCGGGGAUGACAAAGAGAAUAGGAUACAAAGACUGGAGAUGGCAGGCGCUUUGGUGGCAUCUUUUCUUCCUCUUGUGGAGUAUAAUUCACGCACAGACUCGUUACAGCAUCCCAGAAGAGCUCAAGCAGGGCUCUGUGGUAGGAAAUCUAGCCAAAGAUCUUGGUUUGACGCUGUCUGAAAUUUUUGACCGUAAACUGCGCGUCGCCUCUGAGGCUGAUAAGCAGUAUUUCACUGUGGAUGCGGGGAAGGGCGAGCUGGUGGUGAAUGACAGGAUAGACAGAGAGGCUUUAUGUGGACCAAGCGCCAGCUGUGUGUUGACUCUGCAGGUAGUUAUUGAUAAACCGUUACAGUUGUACAGAGUCGAGGUGGAAAUACAGGAUAUUAAUGACAAUUCUCCAGUAUUUCCUUCGCAAGAUAUUAUAUUAGAAAUAGCAGAGUCGACAGUAGCAGGGGCACGUUUUCCUUUAAAGACAGCCCAGGAUCUCGAUGUUGGAGUGAAUUCGGUUAGGUCGUAUACGCUGAACAAAAACGAAUUCUUUAGUUUAAAAGUUAAAGAUGUGUCUGGGGGGAGAAAAGUCCCAGAGCUAAUCUUGUCUAAAUCUUUAGACAGAGAAGUAAAACCUAUACACCACCUGCAGUUAACAGCUAUAGAUGGCGGAAAUCCAGUGAAAUCUGGAAGCUCACAAAUAACAAUAAAUGUGCUUGAUAACAAUGAUAAUUUCCCUGUAUUUGAGAAAAAUGUCUACAAAAUAUCGAUAAGCGAAAAUAGUGCACAAGGCGCAUCAAUAAUAAAACUGACAGCAAAAGACAUCGAUGAUGGUUCUAAUGGAGAAGUAGAGUAUUCAUUCGGAACUCACACGCCAGAUAAUGUUCUCUCUGUGUUUGAUAUUGAUUCGUCAACCGGAGAAAUGCGUCUGAAAGGGAAAUUAGACUUCGAAACAAACGCUAACUAUGAGGUUGACAUUUGCGCAAAAGACAAAGGAACUCCAAGAAUGGAGGGACACUGUACUGUCCACAUUGAAGUGAUAGAUAUUAACGAUAAUGCUCCUAAUAUAUUUCUGACCUCUCAACCUAAUUCUUUGCCAGAGGAUGCGCCAAGUGGAACUGUAGUAGCUUUAAUCAGUGCCCGAGACCUUGAUUCUGGUGACAACGGUAAAGUGUCAUUAAAGCUUCCAAAGGAUUUCCCUUUCAACCUGAAACCAUCUUUUUCUGACAAUUACGCUCUGGUUACCAGCGGUGCUUUAGACCGAGAGAGCAUCUCAGAGUACAAUAUUGAGAUUACAGCCUCUGAUCUAGGUUCUCCCCCUCUGUCCACGAAGAAAACUAUAAACGUUUCUGUUACUGAUGUGAAUGACAACCCUCCUGUAUUCAGUCAGUCCUCCUAUAAUGUAUAUUUAAAAGAGAAUGGAGCUCCAGGAUCUAUACUGUACUCAGUAUCAGCCUCUGACUUGGAUUUUGGAGAAAAUGCUAAGAUCUCUUACUCUAUACUGGACUCUAAAGUGCAGGACGUUUCUGUCUCAUCGUAUGUUUACAUUAACUCCGAUAACGGAAGCAUCUACAGCAUGCACUCGUUUGACUAUGAGAAACUCAAGGUGUUUCAGAUUCAGGUUCAGGCAAAGGAUCAGGGCUCUCCGUCUCUCAGCAGCAACGCUACUGUCCAUGUUUUUAUCCUGGACCAGAACGACAACGCACCCGCUGUUAUUUACCCCUCCUCCGCUGCCAUGGGCUCCCUCUCUCAUCAGAGGAUGCCCCGCCCCGCUAAAGCGGGUCACCUGGUUACCAAGGUGACAGCUGUGGACGCUGACUCGGGCCAUAACGCCUGGAUCUCCUACAAACUGAAGGAGGCCACAGACGCGUCUCUGUUCACUGUCAAUCUAUACACAGGGGAGGUGAGGACUAAACGCGCUGUGUCCGAGCAGGACGACUCCUCUCAGAGGCUGCUUAUAGAGAUCAGAGACGACGGGGAACCGGCCCAGUCCUCCACCGUCACGGUGUCCAUCCUGCUGGAGGACGGUCUCCAUGAGCCCAUUUUAGACCUGCGACAGAAGGUAGCAGAGCCCAGCAAGAAAAACGGGAGAAUCGCCCUUUAUCUGAUUCUCUCUCUGGCCUCGGUGUCCGUGCUGUCUCUGUUGACUUUUCUCAUCUUAGCGGUUAAAUGCAUCAGGAACAGCAGAAGCAGCGGUAGUUGCUGCAUGAGACGGAGCGACUGUGAUGAUUACAAGAACCCCAACAGAAACCUGCAGAUUCAGCUCAACUCUGAUGGACCCAUAAAGUACGUGGAGGUGCUGGGAGGAGACAUGUUGUCUCAGAGUCACUCCUUCAGGUCCUGUAUGUCUCCAAUGUCAGAGUACAGUGAUUUCACUUUGAUUAAGCCCAGCAGCACCACUGACUUUAAGGAGGUGAUCAGUGUCCUGGAUGCGUCUUUACCUGACAGCACCUGGACCUUUGAGAGCCAGCAGGUGAGCAGAAAACAGUAGUCGUGCUAUUAUAUA